AUUGACUCUGUUACAAGAUAUCUGGAAUGUGAAGACUAGAUAUCAACAUAUGCAUGUUUGUGUGGAUAUAUCCCCACAUGUAAGGAGGAAUAUUCCUCACAGAUGAGUUCCUGAAUAAAGGUAUGCGCACAGCUUCUCACUUGUGCGCCUCAUCUCCGCGUCCUGGCUUGAACGCGUGUAAUAGGAAGCACUGCCUCCCUCCUUCAUGCGUAAAUUAUGUAGGGCAGGACGGGAAUGCUCUGCUACCUCCAUUUGAGAAAACCCGGCCGGUGAAUGUGAGGGGGAAAAACACCAAAAGACGAAUUCAAGCAGCGUUUCGACUGAGCAUCACUACCUGCCUCUUGUGAAGCCAAGGAGAGGAAAAGAUGGACAUCACAGACCAAGGAGCUCAAAUGGAGCCGCUCUUACCCACGGAACCAAGUUCCCAAGGAAGUACAGAUGUGAGAGCUGAUGAGGAGGCAGUGGUGGACCGUGGGGGCACGCGCUCCAUGCUCAACACCAACUUUGAGAAGGAAGAACUCGAAGGUCACCGCACUCUCUACAUCGGGGUUCACGUUCCUCUGGGCAGGAGGUCGCACCGACGUCACCGUCACCAUGGACACAGACACAGGAAGAGGUCCAAGGAGAGGGACUCUACAACUGAUGAUGGAAGAGAAUCUCCGUCUCACACAGACACACCAGCUCAGAGGGUGCAGUUCCUGUUGGGGACAGAGGAUGCCGAUGAGGAACACAUUCCUCAUGCCCUGUUUACGGAGCUAGACGAAAUCUGCCUCAGGGAGGGUGAGGACGCAGAAUGGAAAGAGACAGCCAGGUGGCUCAAGUUUGAGGAGGAUGUUGAGGACGGUGGUGAGCGGUGGAGUAAACCCUACGUAGCCACUCUGUCUCUUCACAGCCUUUUUGAGCUUCGUAGCUGCAUCAUGAACGGCACCGUGAUGCUGGACAUGAGGGCCAACUCGCUGGAGGAGAUCGCAGAUAUGGUUCUGGAUCAGCACGAGCUGUCAGGUCCUGUAGGUCCGGAAGCCAGGAGGAGGAUCCGCGAGGCUCUGCUCAAACAGCACCACCACCAAAACCACAAGAAACUGGCCAACCGCAUACCCAUCGUACGCUCCUUCGCUGAUAUCGGCAAGAAGCAAUCUGAGCCACAUUCCAUGGACAAGAAUGUGAAUGGCCUCUAUUAUGAAACGGUAACAUCUCCCAAUCGUAUGCUUGAAUUCCCCGAUAUUACUCCACCAAGAAAGGCCUUUUCCUGUUUGGCACGGCCAGGGUGUGUGUGUUGCGUGUCAUGUCUGUCCUCCCCUCCAUCACGUUUGAGCUCCUCCAGCAGCCACGGCAACAUGACCCCAGACACGCCCUUUGGCAAUCCCAACACCAAACGCCUUAGUGUUCUUCAGGCAGUUGCACAAGGCUACUGUCCCAUCACACAUGAAGACACAGAGCAGGAAAUCUGCACAGGCCAAACAGUCUCACCUCAGUCCCAGUCGACUAACAAUGAUGGCAAACAGGACGUGAGCAGAGAAAACAGUGCUGUGGACUUCAGCAAGAUUGACCUCCACUUCAUGAAGAAGAUCCCUCCCGGUGCUGAGGCGUCUAACGUCCUGGUGGGGGAGCUGGAAUUCUUAGAGCGCCCUGUGGUGGCCUUUGUCCGCCUGUCCCCUGCUGUGCUGCUCAACGGCCUGGCUGAGGUUCCCAUCACUACAAGGUUUCUUUUCAUCCUGCUAGGCCCUUUGGGAAAAGGUCCACAGUAUCAUGAAAUUGGCCGGUCUAUUGCUACACUCAUGACUGAUGAGAUUUUCCAUGAUGUUGCUUACAAGGCCAAAGACAGGAAUGACCUGGUGGCAGGCAUCGAUGAGUUUCUGGACCAGGUGACAGUGUUACCUCCUGGAGAGUGGGACCCCUCCAUCAGAAUAGAACCUCCCAAAAACGUGCCCUCUCAGGAAAAGCGAAAGAUUCCCCCUCUUCCCAACGGAGUGACAGAUCUUGGAGAGUCGGAGGACCACGGAGGACACGGUGGGCCUGAGCUGCAGCGCACUGGGAGGCUUUUUGGCGGGUUGUUCUUGGACAUUAAACGGAAGGCCCCUCACUACUUUUCCGACUUCAAAGAUGCCAUCAGCCUGCAGUGUCUGGCCUCCUUCCUCUUUCUCUACUGCGCCUGCAUGUCACCCGUCAUCACCUUUGGAGGACUCCUGGGGGAGGCCACAGAGGGACGGGUGAGUGCUAUUGAGUCCCUGUUUGGGGCGUCCAUGACUGGAAUCGCCUACUCUAUUUUCGCGGGGCAGCCGCUCACCAUCCUGGGCAGCACUGGGCCUGUGCUUGUCUUUGAGAAAAUCCUCUUCAAGUUCUGCGCUGAGUAUGGCCUCUCCUACCUCUCCCUGAGGGCCUGUAUUGGCCUGUGGACAGCCUUCUUCUGUCUGCUGCUGGUGGCCACGGAUGCCAGCUCGCUUGUCUGCUACAUCACACGCUUCACUGAGGAAGCUUUCGCUGCGCUGAUCUGCAUCAUCUUCAUCUACGAGGCUCUGGAGAAGCUGCUCCACCUGGGGACGCAUUACCCCAUCAAUAAACACAACAACCUGCAGACUCUCACUCAGUACUCGUGUGCGUGUGUGGAGCCCAUAAACCCCAGCAAUGACACUCUGCAGUUCUGGGAAGAGAAAAACAUCACAGUCUCGCAGGUCAACUGGACCAUGCUGGAGGUCAAGGAGUGCGAGAUGUUUCACGGGGAGUUUGAAGGUACUGCCUGCGGACCCCAUGGCCCCUACGUCCCGGACGUCCUCUUCUGGUGCGUGGUCCUGUUCUUCUCCACCGUCCUCAUGGCCGCAUUCCUCAAGGAGUUCAAGACGAGCCGUUACUUCCCCACCAAGGUGCGCGCCAUCAUCAGUGACUUUGCUGUGUUCAUCACCAUCCUGACUAUGGUUCUUGUAGAUUACGCCCUGGGUAUCCCCUCACCUAAAUUACAGGUCCCCAGCAAGUUCAAACCCACCAGGGAUGAUCGUGGCUGGCUGAUAAACCCUGUGGGGCCCAACCCCUGGUGGACCACCAUCAUCACCUUCCUCCCUGCUCUCCUCUGCACCAUCCUCAUUUUCAUGGACCAGCAGAUCACAGCCGUCAUCAUCAACAGGAAGGAGCACAAACUAAAGAAAGGCUGUGGCUACCACCUGGACCUGUUUGUGGUGGGGGUGAUGCUGGGGGUGUGCUCGGUGAUGGGCCUGCCGUGGUUCGUGGCAGCCACCGUGCUCUCCAUCUCCCACGUGAACAGCCUGAAGCUGGAGUCGGAGUGCUCGGCCCCCGGAGAGCAGCCCAAGUUCCUGGGCAUCCGAGAGCAGCGCUUCACCGGCCUCAUGAUCUUCACCCUGAUGGGCUGCUCCGUCUUCAUGACCUCUGUGCUAAAGUUCAUCCCCAUGCCUGUGCUGUACGGAGUCUUCCUCUACAUGGGGGCUUCCUCCCUCAGAGGCAUUCAGUUCUUUGACCGUCUGAGGCUGUUCGGCAUGCCGGCCAAACAUCAGCCGGAUUUCAUCUACCUUCGGCACGUCCCUCUGAGGAAGGUGCACCUCUUCACCAUCGUCCAGCUCACCUGCUUGGUCCUGCUCUGGGUCAUCAAGACCUCCAAGGCGGCCAUCGUCUUCCCCAUGAUGGUCUUGGCUCUGGUGUUUAUCCGGAAGCUGCUGGAUCUCAUGUUCACCAAGAGAGAGCUGAGCUGGCUGGAUGAUCUGAUGCCCGAGUGGAAGAAGAAGAAACUAGAGGACGCAGACGAAGAGGAGGAGCACAGUAUUAUUGCAGAGGAAGAAGGCAUUGUACAAGUGCCAAUGGAGGGACACCUCAAGUGUGACCCUGCCACAGUGAACAUCACUGAUGAGAUGUCUAAAGGAUCUUUCGGAAAUGUGUGGAAGAAUGUCGACCCUAGUGAGACCACGAAGAAGGAGCCAAGCGCUAAAAGUUCUAGCGGCGAAAAGCGACACAAACGCCGGAGGCAUGAUAAGAGCUUGGACAGGGAGACAAGUUUGUGAUGACACCUACUUUCUGGCAGUGCCACUGUGCUGUCAAUCAGUAGAUCAAAAAACAAAAAAAGCUGUACCGUGCCACACUCAACCACCUUUGUACUGUGCUACACUGUGUUUUUGUCAUGUAAGUCUGUGUGCAAGUUGUGUAAAACCAAGAAUUUGUUAGAAACAGUAUUAGCACGGGAAGGAAUCAGGACACAGUUGUGUUCUUUUUCAAUGUAUAUCGAUGUUUGGUGAUACCAGCGACAGACGGAAGCCAGAAUUAUACGACACUUACAAAAGCUGCUGUGUCAAUGGGCCAAUUAAAUAACAAUUUUAAACAAUUUUUAAAUCUACUUUAUUUGUAUUUUGUAUGUUUUUAUAUUUUUCCAACAGUAGUUGUAAGUUGUCCUCAACCUGCCACAGCCGACUGCAGAUGUGUGGAUUGUGUGUGCAGUAUUUAAUGCCACUAUUGACUUGAUGCACCUCGAAAAGUAGACAUUUGCCAUUACUAAUCUAUUUCACUGGUAUCUAGGAGUUGGUUAUAUAGCAAAACUAGUAAUUUUUUUGAAAGUAUUAAAUAUACAUUUUCUAUAUUCUGUAUAUCUUAAUGUUUUUGUGACAGUAACAGCUCAUAUCACAGUUUUCUCCCUUUCUAUUUUACAAAUAAAUGUCUCUCGUCCAGUAAAGCAUUCCCCCGCACGAGUUAAAGGAACAGUUUUUCUGGUUAUAACUCUCAUUCGUUUUCUGUUAGAUGACAAGAUCGAUACCCCUCUCAUGCCUGUACACUAAAUAUAAAGCUAGAGCUAGCAGCCUGCUAGCUCAAGACUUAAAACACGUAAACAGCUAGGCUGGCUCUGACCAAAUGUAACACAAAUAGCCAAAAUGUCUCUGAUUAAUAACUUUAAAUGUUGUUUGUAUUAUCUGUGCAAAAACCAAAAUGUAAAAAGGUAUUUUUUUUGUUGCUGCUAUUUUUUGGCAGGUAGCAUGCGACAGCUUAAUUUUUAGCAAACAGACACGAGAGUGGUAUUGGUCUAUCUCUAUACAAGAAAAGUGAAUAAGCAUAUUGACCGAGCAAAGCUUUUCCUUUAAUGACAGUAUUAGUUUACUGGCAAACAUUUCCAUGCUAGCAUCUAAGCAUAGUGCUGGAACGUUCAGUACCUGCAGCUACUCGCCUUGGCUUUUCAAUCCCUUUUUCAUCCAUUUUGCAAAUACUGAACUAGAGUGACACUAUUUUAAGCUCUAUGUUCUCCACCUUUGUCAUCUUGUCAGUAAGUGUCAUCCAUGGACAUGUGAUCUCCUAUCCAAAUUACCCUCAAUAUUUUAGCAUCUGAAGCUAAUUGUUUUAAAAAAAAAACACCUGCAUGCUGUUGAAUCAGACAUGAAUGUCUUGCUGCAGACCGUGGUUACUUCUAGAGAUGCAAUAAUACCUUUUUUCUGGGAAGGGCAACAUGUAAUAAAUGGUAAAGAGUCGUAACAAUGUAUAAAACAUAGUAUAUUUUAAUCAUGUAAAAUGUUACUAAUAUAUUACUAACAUGAAGUCAGUGUUGAAGGCAGGUUUUGUUGUAGAUGUUCUUUUCCCAUUGUCUAAUUGAUGGUUCUUCGUUGUUUAGAGAAACUAAUAAGGGGUCAGAAUUAUAUCAAUAUCAAAUAUUUUGACCACUUCUCUGUGGAAUUCUGCCUUAAAUUUGGUAGUGAUAGAUGUACACUUUCUGUUUAAAUAAUUUAAGACACCUGUAAAGAAACCUAUCAGUUCAGAUUUGUUGUUAAAUUGUGCUUUGUUUAUUGAGAAUGGGAGCGAGAGUGAUUGAGAGCAUAAAUAAAGAUCUAAAACUCU